UCGACAGUCUUUGCUUCACUGGUGGUGUAAAGAAGUCCGGAAGUAUUUUGUUUUCCAUAAAGUCAAAUGUAAUUCGAAUACAUCUGGAUAUCAGCGUUCGCUAGUCCAAUGGACGGUGCAGCGACAACACAAAUUUCGGCAGGAGGCCGCGCGCUACAGAUCAUGGUGCAGGGACAUAUUGUCUUCGUGUCUGUGCUGAUGACUGUAACCUUUGCUGGCGGCAUUCUGCUCUGGUUAAGGAGUAGGAAGAAACUCCAGCAGUACACCGUUCUAAAGUGGAUUCAAAGAAAAAUAUAUAUCUGGCGUCACAGAAUGCGAGGGCGCAGCUCUGUCAUGGAGGCAUAUGAACUACAAGCUUUGGAAGAAGCACAGAAUACUCAACCAGAGGCAGCAGUGGCGGUCCUUAAUUCAGAAUCAGAUGAGGACACCGAUGUGGAAAACUUCCUCGUUGAAGUUCAUAAGCCAUUCACAUCAUGUCCACCUGGCGCGCUCUUUCUCCCUGCAGAUUCACGCAGUGGUGAUUCUGAGCGGUCAUCACGCAACGAGGGUCCAGAACGAGACUCGAGAGGUCUAGACCGUGGAAGGCGCAGAAGGACUGAUGCACCAAUACAGAAGUCCAGUGACAUCGACACAAACGACUGCGACGAAAACAUGACUUCCCCUACCUUUAAUACCCAUCCAAAGGGUGCUCGAAGAAAAAGCCCACAAAAGCUGAAUCUUGUGAAGGAUACCUCAGCGGAAAAAAGCGUGAGCAGCUGGACGCCAUGUUCAUCUCUACUGGCAGGAGUCAAGACACGCGCAGACAAGAACGCUUACAGUUCUCAACCUGAGACCUCAGACUCUGACAACGACUACUACAGCGAGGUUUCAGGACAGCUCGUGGGCAGAAGGCUUGAAUGA